CGAACACGAUCAAACGAAAUUGGAUCGAAGAAAGGAGAUCAUUACUUUCACAUCUCCAUACAGUAAGUCCACAUUUACUCAACCGCUGUGACAUUGUUAUUGCCUGGUUGCCGCAAUCUCUUGGUUAAAAAGCAUAGCAAUAAUGGCGCAGAACUUAUAUCACUUCACAGCGCCGAUUGCGCCAAUGUGGCCAUUUGCGGGAAGUGCAUCAGGUGCUCUGGCGCAGCAUCAACCGAGUCCGAAUGGGGCUCCUUCGCCUAGAGAACUGCAACCUCUCAACUCUCCGCCACACGGAUCGGAUCCGGCGACGCCACUGCGUCCAAGCCGAGCAAAGCAGCCUCCAUCCACGCGCACAAGGCGAAAAUGGCGUCGAGCAGACAGCGACGACUCUUCGCAGGCCUCCUUCGCACCGUCUGAGCGACUGCCAUCACCGGCAACAUCAAGCCCGCCCAAAGCGGACACGCCACAGACCAACCGCUCGCUCAAGCAAUCCCGUGCGCUAAGGUCCGAUGCGCAGGCAGUGGCCAGCAAUGUAGAGGUGGUACCUGCCAUACCUCGCAUCGGAGUCUCAGCAGCCGGAAUCGAUCUGAACUCGACACUCGCCAACCAAACACCGAACUUCAGCUUCGUCGAUGCCGACCUGUACCAUACUGAUAUUCUCGUCUUCGGCUGUACGAACCCACUCAUGACAUGCCUGCUCAUCAAAAGAUUUCUCCUCGAGAAGUUCGCUUCUGCGGCUGUCACGACGCCUAGCUUGCUGCGCAUGGAAAGCCAAGACCUUUACCAAAUUCGAUCCAACGAGACGCACUAUCUUGUUCUGCUGGAAAGCGCUGUGCAUAUGAAUGCUAACCUCGGAUUGCCAUUAACCGUGUACGCGCUGAUCAACAAACAAGAUCACAAAAUCCGCUGGUUCUAUAGCAUCUUCCGCUCCGGAAACGUGCUCAAGUCUCUAUCAGAGCAUGGCUGCCUUACAGAGAGCGUCAAGAAGCUCCACGCUCAUUCAAUCAAGCACAAACGCCUGCUUGUCUUCCUCCGCGAAGCCUUUCUCAAUGCCGCACGCAUUCCGGACGCACCCGACUACCUCGAGGCACAAAAGUUGACGGACUACGCUCUUCCAGUUGUGGACCCGGAGACGGCCUUCAACCGCAUAGCAGCAAAUGAAGAACUAAACCGCCGUACCCACCAUCCCGAUCUUACGCUUGGGCCGGACCGCUACGCACGCCUACUUGAACCAGUGGAAGCGUUUCUGGCGCUGAACUUCGAGAUGACAUGCGCGGCUUACUUGUUGGCGAAGCGACGCUUCUAUUGCGCGUUUUGGAAGGACCUAGUGAUGGCCCAGGACACGAUAGGUGAUGGGCGACGCAAGGUCAGGUCCGAGGCGGCGCAUGAGGCAUGGUUGGUGCAAACGUUGGGUUGGAGGGCGAGUAGGGCCAAGAGGAUUGUGUUGGCGUGGAAGAUUCUUGGCUUGCUUCAAGAGGAUAGGUAUCUUGACUGGUUGAAACGGGGCGGGAUGUUUGAGGAGGCGUAGGGUACGAAGACAGAAAUGGCGGUGCAGGUCAGGGUUACGGUGUGGACGUGCGAGUGAAUGAAAUUGGGGAUUGAUAUGGAUGCCCGUUGCGCUAAGCUUUGGCGAUUCGACGUAAAGCAUCUUCCCGAGCACGCCUUUCACCAACAUGAUAACACUUCGCAACAAGCCCUGCCUUCUUAACGAGCCGCUCUGUACAACGUUUGUCGACACUUCGAUCCGAACUGUCUUGCGUUCCGCGUCCAGCGCACGCUCGACCUACCUUCCCCUUCAGGUUUCGCACUCCUUUGAGGUAGCCAUCUCACGCAUAUGUCAUGCCAAAUACCAACCAUCCCCAUACCGCGCCUAUCCUGGUACAGGAACCCGACCCACCUCGCUUCACCAUCCUUCUCCACAGUCGACGAGCCGUUCGUCACUAAGAAUCUUGACGCCGAGCAUGCCGCCAUCG